UGGGGGGGGGGAGGAGAGGAAAUGUUUUUCUAUGUAAAACGCAAAACUCUGGAAACAAAACCUAACGCCCCAGCGACUGCUGCAAAGUCACUUCGGGGUGCUUUUCUCGCUAACUUUAGCGGACUGUAGCACCUGUGCCUUUCGCCGAGCGGUCUGGAGAGCGGGAGUCACUGUUGGGGCCACGAUCCCAGGAACUCAGCUCACGUGGAGCCGCUUAAGAACGACAUCCAAAUGGAGGCUCGUCACCCAGGAACACAUUUGCCAUCGGGAUAUGUCCCUCAGUAUCCACCAGCAGCAUUGCAAGGACCUCCAGAACAUACUGGACGCUCCACAGUCCAGACUAACUACCAGGUUUCCCAUUCUGCUUAUCCGGGGCCUCAGGCUGGCUACGCGGUCUCACCAGCUGGCUGUGAAGGUUAUUAUGCAACACAGUUUCAUAAUAAAAAUAACCAGUCUAUAGUUCUUGUAAAUACCCAAUGGAUGCCAGCACCUCCACCUCUUCUGAACUGCCCGCCUGGGCUAGAAUACUUAAAUCAGAUUGAUCAGAUUCUGGUUCACCAGCAAGUUGAACUACUGGAAGUCUUAACAGGUUUUGAAACAAAUAAUAAAUUUGAAAUCAAGAACAGCCUCGGGCAGAUGGUUUAUGUUGCUGUGGAAGAUACUGACUGCUGCACUCGAAAUUGCUGUGAAGCAGCCAGGCCUUUCACCAUGAGGAUCCUGGAUAACGUGGGCCGAGAAGUCAUGACUUUGGAGAGACCUCUGAGAUGCAGUAGCUGUUGCUUCCCCUGCUGCCUGCAGGAGAUAGAGAUCCAAGCUCCUCCUGGUGUGCCGAUAGGCUAUGUGAUUCAGACCUGGCACCCGUGUCUGCCAAAGCUCACCCUUCAAAAUGAAAGGAAGGAGGAUGUUCUAAAAAUUGUUGGCCCUUGUGUUGCAUGUACCUGCUGUUCAGAUAUUGACUUUGAGAUCAAGUCUCUGGAUGAGGUGUCCAGAAUUGGCAAGAUUACCAAGGAGUGGUCUGGAUGUAUGAAGGAGGCUUUCACGGAUUCAGAUAACUUUGGGAUCCAGUUCCCACUAGAUCUUGAUGUGAAGAUGAAAGCUGUGUCACUUGGGGCCUGUUUCCUCCUGGAUUACAUGUUUUUUGAAGGCUGUGAGUAGGAACAAAAACCAGCAGUGUGGUGGGGACUAAGGAAAGAAGACGAAGAAGACCUGAAGGCUACACCAUGAGACUAUGUAAAUGGGAAAGCCAGUGCUUUUAUGUUUCUUCAUUGAAAAGUUUCAGAAUUAAGCUGUAAUAUAAUACACGAGGCAUAGUGUGAUAUCUUUAUACACUUCAACAUAUUUACUGAAUUCAUAUUAAAAAACAAAAAAAUAGUUUAUAAAUAAAAUAUCAUGGAAAAGUAA